AUGGUUGUUGUAGCUGUUAAGAAAGGAUGGCCCCUUUUCCAACUUGAUGUCAACAAUGCAUUCUUGCAUAGUGACUUAGAUGAGGAAGUCUACAUAAAAAUUCCUCCAGUCUUAUCCACUGAUUGUCCUCCUUUGUUCAGAAUCAAGGAUUUGGGCACUUUGAACCAUUUUUUGGGUAUUGAGGUGUGCCAUACUCCUACUGGCUUACUGUUGCAUCAAAGAAAGUUCAUCCAAGAUCUUCUUCAAGAAUAUAAGUGUGAUAUAGUGAGUCUUGUCACUUGUCCAUUGGAUCAUUCAGUCAAGUUGAAAUCUGAUGUGGGUAACCUUCUCCCCAAUCCUGCAUCUUACAGAACUUUAGAAGGAAAGCUGAAUUUCUUAACCCAUCCUAAGCCAGACUUGUGUUUUGUUGUUGAGCAUUUGAGUCAAUACCUUCAAAAUCCUACUCAGUCACAUAUGAAAGUUGCCCUUCACCUCCUUAGAUAUCUCAAAGGUCUUGCUGAUAUUGGGGUUUCAUUUUCCAAUUCUCCUAAUUUUUCCAUGUCUGCAUAUUAUGAUAGUAAUUGGGCAUCCUGCCCUGACACUAGGAGAUCAUUCACUGGGUUUUAUGUCAUUCUGGGUGGUUCUCUUAUUUCUGGGAAGUCAAAGAAGCAACAUGUUAUAUCUCUCUCUUUAGUUGAAGCUGAAUACAGGUCUGUUAGCAAAGUUGUUGCUGAAUUGGUAUGGUUGAUAAAGCUUCAUACAGACUUCAUUGUUAUAGUGUCUACUCGUGUCCCUGUGUACUAUGAUAAUUAG